CAGCAUCCGCGGGACAAAUGGCGGCGGAUCCGGUUACCGCUCCGAUCAGCUGGAUUCCGCUGGAAGAUCAAUGAGACCAAACACACCAAACAAUUGAACCGAGUCCGCAGAUACGGGUCUGGAUCAGAGAUUAAACUCGAUAUUAUCGUCAUGGAUCUGUUCGGGUUUGUCGAUCUAAACGAGCUCGCGCUCGGACUGUCCCAUCUGCCGUUGUUUCCGUACUUUGACAUGGCGCAUUAUAUCGUGUCAGUGAUGAGUCUGAGAGAACAGCCAGGAGUGUUGGAGGUUUCUCAGCGCAGUCCGUUCGCCUGCUGGUUCAGUUCUAUGCUGUAUUGUUUCGGAGGGGCGGUUCUCUCUGCGAUCAUGAUGGCGGACGCGCCGGUCGCACCGCUGUCCAACAGCACCAACUUACUGCUGGCCUCACUCAUGUGGUAUCUGGUGUUUUAUUGUCCUCUAGACUUCAUUUACUCGUUGGCGUCCAUCUUUCCUGUUCGUCUGUUUCUGACCGGUAUGAAGGAAAUGACACGUACCUGGAAGGUUUUGGGCGGAGUCACACAGGCAGGCAGGAAGUACAAAGAUGGACUGUUUGUGAUGAUUGCAGUUGGCUGGGCCAAAGGUGCAGGUGGAGGUCUCAUCAGGAAUUUUGAGCAGUUGGUUCGUGGCGUCUGGAAGCCUGAAACGAAUGAACUGCUGAAGAUGACAUACCCGACUAAGGUGACCCUGCUGGGAGCCGUUGUGUUUUCUCUCCAGCAGUGCCGGUACCUCCCGAUCCAAACACAUCACCUGAUCUUCAUCUACACGCUCUUCAUCGUCACUAACAAGACGCGGAUGAUGCUGUUAGGUUCCUCCUCGAAUCCCUUUUCAGUGCUGGAGUCCGUCCUUUACAAAACUCUGUUUGUACGACCUCUGACCUUUGCUCCCCUGAGUGACCCGACCCCAAGCUCAGGUCAGAGCGGCUCCGUUUCUCAGAAGCACAACAAACCAAACGGCUCGAGGUCCAGCCGCACACGGGACAGAACACCCCACGCCCAAAAGACCAAAUGAGUCCUGGCCAAUCAGAGACCGGAUCAUCGAACCGGACCAAACGCUUCCUGCUGAGAAUGUUUUAAAAUGCACAAAUCCUGUUUUUAAUCCGUGUUGCUCUCAUGUGUGUAUAUUUGCAGUUCUGAAAUCAUUAUUUUCUAUUCUGUACUUGUGAGUGUAUUAAACACGAUCAUAAAGUGCAUUUAUGAGACAUGUUUCAUGUGAGAUAUAUUGAAUCAUGUCAUAUAAUCCACACGUGUGUCUUUAGUUGGUGGUGUGAGUAAAUAUUG